CGGGAACACGGCACUUCACAUGGCCGCCGCCAAAGGUCACGUAGAGGUCGCAGCAAAACUUUUGUCGUUACUGGCUGACGUCGACAUUACCAAUGACUUCGGUGACACUCCUCUGCACCAUACAGGAACAAAGGGUCACCCAGAAGUCGCAAAGAUAUUAAUCGAAUAUGACGCGUAUGUUAACAUCAGGAACGAGGACGAUGACACGCCCCUCCACUGCGCGGCCCGUACCGGACACGCCUCUGUAGUAGCCUUGCUGUGUGAGAACCGUGCUCUCAAAGAUCCCGUCAACAAGAACGGAGAUUAUCCGUUACACCUGGCCACGGAGUGGGACCAGUUCUUCGCUCUGAGAGAACUUCUUAGGCACGGCGCUGAUCCAAACACCACAAACAAGGACGUUGUCUAG